AUUCUUGACAAAUCGCCAGCGCGGGUUCAAAUAACGGCCGACCAUAUCAUUCGCAAUGUUCAUGAGGAAAGCGACGGCUCAAUUUACCGUCCAGCAAAGCGAAAGAUUCGUGACGCCAAUGAGCUCGUGGAUUAUCAGCUUCAGAAACGAAGGGAAUUCGAAGACAGAGUCCGUCGGAGCCGACGAGACACGAGCGUAUGGAUCAAAUACGCGCAAUGGGAAGAGUCUCAGAAGGAGUUGAAGCGAUCUCGGAGUAUAUGGGAGAGAGGACUGGAGAUGGAUUCCAAUAACCACAUUCUGUGGCUCCAGUACGCUAGAUUCGAGAUGAGGAACAGGUUCAUCAACCACGCCCGAAACAUCUUUGACCGCGCCAUCACCGUCCUCCCCCGCGUUGAUCAGCUCUGGUAUAAAUAUAUUCACUUGGAGGAGAUUGUAAGCAACAUCGCCGGCGCUCCUACAUUACUUUGAGCUUGGAUGACGUGGAUGCCAGAUCAGCAAGCUUGGAUCUCCUACAUUAACUUUGAGCUUCGCUACAACGAGUUGGACCGGGCUCGAUCCCUUUACGAGCGGUUGGUUGAGUGCCACCCUAUGUCCGUCAGUGCUUGGAUUAAGUACGCCAAGUUCGAGAUGAACAACUCAGAAGCAGGGCGGGCAAGGCGCGUCUACGAACGCGCCGUGGAGAGCUUGAAUGAGGCUGAGUUUGACGAUGCUGCCCAACUGUUUGCUGAAUUUGCUGAGCUUGAAGCACUCUGUAACGAGCCUGAGAGAGCUCGGGUCAUUUACAAGUUUGCCCUUGAUCGGGCACUAAAGGGGAAGGCAAUGGAGUUGUAUAGCAAGUUUCUGGCGUUUGAGAAUCAGUAUGGGAACAAACAAGGGAUUGAGGAUGCAAUUGUGAGUAAGAGAAAGUUUGAGUAUGAAGAUGAAGUGAGGAAGAAUCCGUUGAAUUAUGAUGCCUGGUUCGAUUACAUAAGGCUGGAAGAGAAUGUAGGGGAGAAGGAGAGGAUUAGGGAGGUUUAUGAGAGGGCCAUUGCUAAUGUGCCUCUGGAAAAGGAGAAGGGCCACUGGAAGAGAUACAUUUACUUGUGGAUAAAGUAUGCUUUAUAUGAGGAGCUUGAUGCUGGAGAUAUGGAGCGUGCCAGAGACGUGUACAAGGAGUGUCUUAAGCUCAUUCCCCAUGCUACAUUUUCAUUCUCAAAGAUUUGGAUAAUGGCAGCUGAGCUUGAACUGAGAGAUUUGAAUCUUAGAGCUGCACGACGCAUUUUCGGCACAGCUAUUGGGAUGGCCCCCAAUGCUAAGAUUUUUAACAAGUAUAUUGAGCUUGAGCAUCAACUUGGUAACAUGGAUCGCUGCCAAAAACUGUAUGAGCGUCAACUAUCUUUGUUAUAGUUGCACUUAUUUUCUGUUGAUUAAUAUUAGAAAAGGAGUUCAUUAAUUGCUAGUAUUAGUUGAAAUUGUUUUCUCUUUAACAACUCUGUUUGGACUUUUGAAUACUGUGGUGCGUAUGACAAAACUUUUUGUUUAAACCCUCAGCUCCAUUUUCAAUCCA